AUGGCCGGGCCGGGGCGGGUGGCCAUCAAACGCGUGCCGCGGGAUCGCAUCCGGCACUGGAGCGAGCUGACCAGCGCGCCCCUGGAGAUCGUGCUGCUGGCCAAGGUGUCCUGUGGGUGUGCUGGUGUCAUUCAGCUGCUGGAGUGGCUUGAGCUCCCCGACAGCUUCUUGCUGGUGAUGGAGCGUCCAGAGCGGUGCCAGGAGCUCUCGGGUUUCCUGGCGGAGCGGAGGUUCCUGCCGGAGGAGGAGGUGCGGGGGCUGUUCCGCCAGGUGCUGGAGGCCGUGCAGCACUGCACCAGCUGCGGGGUCCUGCACAGGGACAUCAAGCCCGAGAACAUCGUGCUCGACCUGGCCAGCGGGCAGCUGAAACUGAUUGACUUUGGCUGUGGCGCCUUCCUCCAAGACACAGCCUACACCCAGUUUGCAGCACCAGUGGCUUCUUUUCCAGCCCCGAGUUUGUACACAAAUCCCAGGUGA